AAGCCUGUGAAGAUAAAUGUAGUGUACAACCUCGCGCAUAACUCUACAGUCCGAAGCAAGUCGUAUACUUUCGGAUAGGUAUAGUUUACGUUAUGAAAGUCUUGAUAGGCGGUGGAUCGGGCUUUAUUGGUAAAGCCUUAACAAAUUUGCUGCGGGGCAAAGGACAUGAGGUCACAAUUAUUUCUCGUAAACCUGGGCCUGGACAAAUUACUUGGGAUGACGUAGCUUUCAAAGGCUUGCCACCAUGUGAUGGUGUAGUUAAUCUUGCAGGGGAGAAUCUUAUGAACCCUCUGCGGUGGUGGAAUGAAGAAUUCAAGAAAGAUUUAAUUUCAAGUCGUUUGAACACCACAAAGACUCUUGUGAAAGCAAUGGUAGCUUCUGAUAAGCUCCCCAAUUCUUGGGUACUUGUCACAGGAGUGGGGUAUUAUAAACCAAGUGAAACACUUGAAUACACAGAGGACAGUGAAGGUGGUGACUUUGAUUUCCUUUCUCAACUGGUGACAGAGUGGGAAGCUGCUGGUAGAUUACCAGAGGACCAAGCCAAAAGUGUCCGUCAAGUUGUAAUUCGAUCUGGAAUAGUGCUGGGUAAAGAUGGUGGUGCCAUGAAACAGAUGAUCUGGCCAUUCUGGUUAGGAUUAGGAGGCAUACUAGGAACUGGACAUCAACCUUUUCCAUGGAUUCAUGUGGCUGACAUGGCAGGCAUCAUCCUUCAUUGUUUGGAACCAAAGUACGAUGUCAGUGGAAUAUUAAAUGGUGUGGCCCCUGCCACUGAUACUAAUGCUGUGUUUACACAUGCACUUGGAACAGUUCUCAGACGUCCCACAAUUUUCCCUGUUCCAUCAUUUGCUAUUGGUGCAAUUUUUGGUAAUGAAAGAGGUUCUGUUCUUUUGCAAGGACAGAAAGUCAUACCCAGGAGGACACUCGAAUCGGGCUACAUUUAUAAAUAUCCUGAAUUGCAGACUGCCUUAAAGAACAUUGUGUCUUAGUAAUUAAAGUGGUAGAUAGCCUUAAAAAUA